AUGUUCGAUUGCAUGAACCAUACAAAUGGCCAGCCGCGCAAAUGGUCUGGACUCAGUCCGGAUCAGUUGCUGCAGGAUCUGGUCCAGCAAAUGGACACCUUCCUGGAAGAGAGCCAGCGGAGCAAAGAGCUUGCGAACAUGCAGGAGUCGUUGUGCCAACAGAUGCAAGCCUCUCUGAAGUCUUUGAUGACCCCUGUGGAAGUCACUGUCAGGGACAGGGAGUCUGAAGUCUGGGCAGACGACGACGAAAACCAUGGAGAGGUCCCCAACGAGAGGGGUCAAAGUACUCAGGAGCUGAUGAUCACCUACAACCCCGACGCGGAUGGUUUGUUGCCCGUCAACUCGCCGGUCACAUCCUUGCCCGUGUCGGGCUUUCAGGUUGGAAGCGAGUUCACCGAUGAGUCUGAUCUCAGCAUGGACUGGUUGGGGCUCGGGGAACAGCGGACCUUGAAGGCUUCACAGAGCUUAAGGAUGAAGCAACACUCUGAACGUAUGCAGAAGGGAAUGGCGCAAUGGAGCCUGAACCGACUUGCUCGGGCGAUGAGUGCCGUUGAGUCGCUCCAGGCGAUCCGCGAGCCGGUCCGCCGGGGGCGCUUGGCCAACGUGGUACAAAGCAUUUACUUCAACAUGUUCUCUUUGGUGGUGAUCAUCCUCAAUAGCAUCUACAUCACUGCACUUGCAGACAAGGAGCUCUCGCAGCCAGGAGUCGCGGUGGAGCAGACCAUGGCGAUUGAGGUGGCCUUUUCGAUUUUCUAUUGCCUCGAGCUGGCGGCAAAGUUGGUGGUUCAUCGCUGCUACUUCUUCUGGAACGAGGACUGGUGCUGGAAUUUGCUGGAUUUCUUUUUGGUUGUCGUGGUCCUCGUGGAGAGCUUGAUCUCCGCCGUCUCGGUGUCGGACCCCACAGGGUCCAUGAACAUCAUGUUUGUACGCGUGCUGCGGUUGUUCAAGCUGGCGCGUGUGCUGCGCAUCAUGCGCACCUUCCGGUUCUUCACCGAGCUUCGUUUGAUGACGGAGUGUGUGGUGGGUUCGUUGCUUAAUGCGCUCUGGUGUGUGGCCUUGUUGUUCAUCGUGAAGUUCAUCUUUGCGUUGCUCAUUGCACAGGCCUUAAUAGGACAUUGGGUAGAAAAGGGUGUUGACCCGGACAUGGUGCACGCGUUUACGUACUUCUAUCCGAGCGUCAGCGGGAUCAUGUUGACCUUGCUGCAGUCCACCACCUCGGGCGUUGACUGGCGCGACCCCUUCGAGGCACUGCAGGACAUCGAGAUCCUCCCUGUCCUCUUUGUGGUCUUCAUUCUGGUCUUCACGGUGUCCAUUUGGAACAUCGUGACCAGCGUGUUUGUGGAGAAGGCUUUGAAGUUGGCCCAGCCUGAUUUGGACGGCAUUGUCCUCGAGCAAGUGGGGCAAGAGAAGGCGAUGUUCAACCAUCUCAUCAGUUUCUUUGCGGGGACCGCCUCUGAUGACGAGAACGCGGACGUGGGCGAGAUCAGCGCGAAAGCCUUCAGAGAUAAGGUGGAUGAUCCGAAGUUCCGCUGCUACCUGUCUGCUCACGGCAUCGACAUCAAAAAUGUCAAGACCUUCUUCAGCAUGCUGCAUCAGCAAUGCGGGGAGGAGGAUGAAGGGGGUGGCCACUUGGCAGAACGGAUAGGCCACCAGCAUCGACUUGCAGUCUUUGAGCUUCGAAACAAGGCUCAUGCACCGAAAAGAGCUGCAGAUGAUGAGAAGGAUGGCCGGCCAAGUCCACGUCCUGUAAGCGCGCUGGGCGACCGGACGGCUUGUGGAUUCGAGGGAAGAUCAAUUGGUUGGAAAGACUGUGGAACACUUUGGAAUGUCCUGGACCACUUUGAGGAGCUGCUCUAUGGUUGCCACAGCGCUUUGGAGCUUUUCUUUGGAUCUUUAAUGGUUCUGCGCGGGCGAGGCUCCAUGGACCCUGUCGAGGGGAGCACUGCACGUGCCCGGCUCUACCGGCGCUGGCACGGUUGUGGCUUGGUGGCCUUGAGCAGCCUGGGGAUUUUGAUCUUGCUGAAGGCUGGGGAGCUGGAAAAGUGCACGAAGAAGCCACGCUUCUGGGCAGAGGAUGAGCUUGUGAAACGAAGGCUUACGUCCUGCAUUUCUGCCGCCCUCACCAUCUUUCACGGCGGAUGCGUGGCCGUCCACGCUUUGGCGGCCACCGAAAGCGCUGCAGCGCCCAAAUCCCUGGGGGGCGUGGCCUGGAAGGACGGGAGCGAUCCGAAAAGGGGACGUGCUAAGAACGAAAAGGUGAAGAUGAGGUCCGCUAUGGAGAUUGGUGCAGAGUUCCAGGUGUGGUGGGGAGGAGGUCAGAAGCAGGUGGUGCGUGAAGACACCACGGUGCGAAGCUCCGCGCGGGAGCUGCAGGACGUUGAACGAACAUCGCGUGGUGGGCGAUCGCUGGGAUGGCUGGAGGAUGAGGUGCCCCGGGUCAUCGGGAAAGCCGGCGCCAUCAUCAAGGAGCUGCGUCAGGAGAGCGGCGCUGUGGUGCAGAUCUUUGACAAACAACUCCCAGAGGCGCUGCAGCGGCUUCAAAGCCAAGUCGCCUUCGCCAAGGCCUCGUCCACUGCAGCGCUGCGCAGCGCCGUGGAGGGCCUCGUGCGGAAUGCCGUGGGGCCGAGCGCGCUGAAGAGCUUGGGCGCCGAGGGGCAGGACGUGGCGUUUUUGGUGCCAGCGAAGUGCGAGAGCUACCUGGGCGACGAGCAGCUGCUCUCGGAGACCAAGUGUCACAUGGACGUGGAAGCGUUGGACGGUUUGCGGAAGCAGCGCCGGGUGACGCUGAGGGCGGAGGAGACCAAGGAUUUGCAGUUGGUGGCCUGGCGGCUGCAGGAGCUCCUAUUGCGCAUGAGCCAUGCUGCCAUUCUGAGCGAUCGGGACUUUGACCUGCAGGACACCGCUUGGGAGGAGGUCAUGGAGGCCUUCCGGUCCAAGCGAUCCGGCUCCGAGGUGGAGCCAUCCCCUCCGGUACCAUUGCAAAGGUUGCCCACCUUGAACUCCACCGGCUCCGAGAUCGAGCUGGAGGCGCGAAAAGCGCGCGAAGUGGAGCAGCGAGAUUUGGAGGUGCAGAAGGAAAAAGAGCGGAAGAAGCAGUUGCGCGAAGCCGCAGCCAGAGAGCAGCAGGAGUGCCAGAAUGCCGCCCGAGAAGCCAAGAUGUUGGCAGAUCAGGCCCGUGAGUUGAGACUCCGUGCCGCAGAGGCUACGACCGCAGAGCAGCAAAGCUCCUGCCUGCGAGAGGCUGAGCGCUAUGAGGAACAAGCUCGUCAGGCUAGAGCGCGGUCUACCCGCGGCUAUGGCCUUGGGCCACGUGCGCAGCAGCAUGAAUACCAGGAAUCCCAGGACCUGCCGCCUGUGGCCGCGGCUCCACCUGCGGGUGCAGUGGCCGAAGCACAGCUGGAGGAGAUGGUGCGGCAGAAACAGCUGCGAGACCAGCAGGCCAGAGAGAAGCAGGACCGCGAGAGGGAGGCGCUACACCGUUCCGCAAUGCGGAGGAACUCCACGGCACCGCUGGAGCCGCCGCAUGAGCCACGCGAGCGCGAGCCGCUGCGCGAGUGGCCGUGCGAGCCACAUGCUGUGUUGGCGGAGAAGGAGGAGAGUUGGAGACCAGUGCAGAUGGAGACCAAGGAGCCAAGAAAAGAUCAGCCGGCUCCGAGUGGUCAUUUGCCAAUGUCAUCGGGCGAGCUGGCACUUUGGAUGAGGGCUCCAGAUUGGAGAUCUGCCGAGUAUUUGGCUAGCAGCCAGUUGGGCAUCGGCCGCCGCAGUGGCAGCCAGCUCUCGGUGGAUCGGUCUUUUGGGAACGGCGAGGUCCCACUGUUGCAGAUCUGGGGGGACUCCAAUGGCCAAUGCCCUCGCGAGCUACCUCGUUCAGGAGGCUCUUUGGAUGAGUGGCACCUUCGCCAGCUGAAGGAAAAAGCGGCCUUGAGAAGGGCAUGGCGAUGGGCAUGGCAUAGGGAGUUUUGUGAUUCAACUUCGCUUUUUGCUCAAAUUCGCUGCGUUGGUGGACAAGCCCGACGUGAGCUCGACCUCCUGGAGGAGAAGAUGAUGCGGCAGGUCUUACGGUUGCAGGAGCAGUCAGAACGCUUCAUGGACAUCAUGAUGCAUCCCUUGGAGGCGAAGGUGGCUGCGCUGGAAGGCCGCCAACCGGUCAUCGACUGUAGCAUCGCUGAGUUCCUUGGCGCAAAGCGCGCGCUCGGCUCGGUCCGGGUGGUGAGCUUUGGGCAAGAGUGGCAAGGCUUAAAUUUCUUCCAGAAGGGUCAAACGAAGCACCGGGACCCAGAGGUCCUACACUACACCAUCAUCGAGAAUCUUGGCCUAUGUGCGUGUGACCUGGAACAAAGCGCUCAUGAGUUUCAAGAACAGCUGGCACAGUCGUCGAAGAAAUCGCUCCCUGAGAAGGUUGAAGCCGACGUAAAAGAGAUCAAAAUUGUGUACAAGAAUUCAACUGACCAGUACACGUGUGGAAAGGAGGACAGGGUGAUUCUUAUGGCCCAUGGUUGGGAAAAAGACUCCUCCCUCACGAACAACCAGGGUCAGGACUGCACUGCUGACGCUGCCAUGAAGCUCCUGGAGGCCAUUGACGCGCAGAACGCAGAUCGGCUCCUGUUUUUUGGCUGCUACUCUGCAAUGGAGAAGCAUAUUGCUCCGGCAUGGAAGAAGAGACAUCCUCAUCAAGCCACCUAUGGAGGACUCUCAGAUAUUGCGACACUCUACAAGGGCCCUUUGAAAUCUGGCACUUUCACCGGCGUUUGCACCGCCUUGACGGAAGUGGACUAG